AUGGCAGAAAAUCUAAAAGUUCUAAAUCUGACAUCUUGUCAUCAACUAUCUAGUACUCCUGACGUUUCAGCAAAUCGACUCUUGGAGGUAGUGCUUCUUAAAGACUGUAGAAAUUUGGAUGAGAUUGAUACAUCCAUUUGUUGUCUCAUGAACUUAGUCAUAUUAAACAUGAGUGACUGUGGGAGACUAAAGGAUCUCCCAAGUGAAAUUUGUCUUCCCUCAAGUUUGACCAGCCUAUGUGCUUGUGAUUGCAAGUCAAUGGUAAAACUAUCAAGUACAUCUGGAGGCUUGAGAAAUUUAAAGACAUUACGUCUUUAUCAUUGCAAAAGCUUGGAAGAAAUUGAAGGUGUUGACGAGAAAUUGGACUCCCUGGAGAUUAUAGGCUGCAAGAAGCUGACAGAGAUUCAUGGUAUUGACAGAUUGGAAAACUUAAAGGAUUUUGUUAUUAGUGGCUGCGAGUCCUUGGAAAGAUUACCUGAUCUGUCAAACUUAAGAAACUUGAAAGGUCUAACGAUUCUUGACUGCAAGAAUUUGACCCAGUUUCCUGGUUUUGGCAGGUUGGAAAUGUUAAGGGAAUUGAAUAUUAGUGGCUGCGAGUCUUUGAAAAGAUUACCGGAGCUGUCAAAAAACCUGAAGGAUGUAGAGAUUGAAGGCUGCAAGAAUCUAACCGAGAUUCAUGGUGUUGACGGAUUGGAAUUCUUAGAGAAUUUCAAGAUUAUUGGCUGCGAGUCCUUGGAAAGAUUACCAGAUCUGUCAAACUUAAAAAACUUGAAGAUUCUAACAAUUGAAGGCUGCAAGAAUCUAAGCGAGAUUCAUGGUAUUGACAAAAUGGAAUUCUUAGAGAAUUUUGAGAUUAGUGGGUGCGAGUCCUUGGAAAUAUUACCAGAUCUGUCAAAAAACCUGGAGGGUCUAACGAUUAAAGGCUGCAAGAAUCUAACUAAAAUUCAUGGUUUUGACAGGUGGGAAUUCUUGGAGAAUUUUGAGAUUAGUGGGUGCGAGUCCUUGGAAAGAUUACCGGAUCUGUCGCAGUUAAAAAAGUUGAAGUAUCUACAGAUUGAAGGCUGCAAGAAUCUAACUGAGGUUCAUGGUGUUGACGAAUUGGAAUUCUUAGAGGGUUUGUAUAUUGUUGGGUUUGAGUCCUUGGAAAGAUUACCGGAUCUGUCAAACUUAAAAAAGUUGAAAGAUCUGAAGAUUGAAGGCUGUAAGAUUCUAACUGAGAUUCAGGGUGUUGACACAUUGGAAUCCUUACAGAAUUUGGAUAUAAGUGGGUGCGAGUCCUUGGAAAUAUUACCCGAUCUGUCAAACUUGAAAGAAUUAAUGGAGCUAAAAGCUAAGGACUGCAAGAAGCUAACUGAGAUUCAAGCUGGCAAUGGAUUGGUAUCUUUGACACACUUUGAUGUUAAGGGGUGUAUAUCCUUGGAAAAAGUACCAGAUCUGAAUAAGUCGGACUUGCUGAAGCUAAAUAAUGUGUCCUGCUGGGAACUAACCGAUAUUUCUCUACUAGAACUCUUGACUGAUGGUGGUUGCACAAAAUUACGACUAGGUUUGUCAAACCUGCCGACACACUGUAUCAUAUCGUUGUACAUGAGAAAUUUAUUCAAGGUACGCCUCUGGCCUUUCUCUAUCCAUCUCUCUUCAAAUGAAUCUGACUUUUUUGCGUUUAAAAUUGAGUCUGGUUUUCCUAGAUGUGCUAUUUUUGCCAUAUGA